AUGGUUUUUAAAUUCGUGCUGCUGGCGGUUAUUCUAGCCGCUGGCUCAUCGGUUAUCGCAGCUGAAAAGGCUCGAUUCGAUAACUAUCGUCUCUAUCAGGUUCGAAUCGAUAACUUGGAACAGCUGGAAGUGCUACAGGCUAUUGAGCAGCUAGGUGAAGGUUACAAUUUCUGGGCUGAACCGGUGCAAUUGAACAGCAAAGUCGACCUUGUUGUACCGCCUCACAAGUUUGCUGAGUUCUCCGAGUUGGUUGAUCGACAUGGAUUAGGCGCGGAAAUGACUGUGGAAAAUCUACAGAAGUUGUUUGAUGAUGAGAGCCGGCGAACCACGAAGGAAGAUUUCGGAUGGAAUGCAUACUAUACCUUAGAUCAGAUUUACGCCUGGAUGGAUGGCCUUGUGGCACAGAAUCCCGGUGUGUUGAGUUCGAUUGUGGGUGGAACAUCGUUUGAGGGUCGGGAAAUUCGUGGAGUUAAGGUUUCCUACAAGGUAGGCAAUCCGGGUGUUUUCAUGGAAGGUACGAUUCAUGCUCGCGAGUGGGUUAGUGCGGCUACGUUGACGUGGAUUUUGAACGAGCUGGUAAGCUCUUCGGAUCCACAGGUGCGCAACAUUGCGGAGAACUACGACUGGUACUUCUUCCCGGUUACUAACCCCGAUGGUUACGUUUAUACCCACACGACGAAUCGCCAGUGGAGGAAAACUCGACAACCGCAUAGUAUUCUUUGCUUUGGUGCCGAUCCUAACCGCAACUGGGGUUAUAACUUUAUGCAGGGUGGCGCAUCCAGUACACCGUGUUCUGAUACAUUCGCUGGACCGGAAGCAUUCUCGGAACCAGAAACUAAAUCACUAUCAGAGUUUUUCACAUCGGUUGAAUCAACGAUUAGUACUUAUCUCGCAUUCCAUUCUUACUCUCAGCUGUUAUUGCUCCCGUAUGGACACACGACUGCCCCCUUGGAUAACUAUGCGGAAAUGAUGGAGGUAGGAACGAAAGCAAUACAAAAACUUAGGGAACGCUUCGGAACAGUAUACAGGAUUGGCAACAUCGCUGAAGCUAUUUAUGUUGCAUCCGGCGGCAGUAUCGAUUGGAUCAAGGGAGUUUACAAAACUCCGAUCGUGUUUGCAUAUGAACUACGUGAUACGGGCACUUAUGGAUUUGUACUACCUCCACAGCAGAUCAUUCCCAACUCUCAGGAAACCCUCGACUCUAUUAUUGUUAUCUUGGAGGAAGGAAAAAAUCGUGGAAUUCAUUAA